CACCUGCCUCUGCCUCCUGAGUGCUGGGAUUAAAGGUGUUUGCCACCACUGCCUGGCAUUUCUUUUUCAGUUACAACUCUUUUUUUCAUAAAAUAUUUUAAUUCUUCAUCUACUGUAGUGAUACUUCAGGACUAUGGUUGUUUGAAGGUAACUUAAAGUAUAGAAAAUGCAGCCACAGAUUAGAGGGUGAGGGAGGGAUAUGUCACUCCUUGGAAAGGAAGCUUCUUGACUCCCCUGCACAUAUGGAAGGCCAGAUCUGGUUCUUGCCACGUUCCCUACAGCUUACAGGCUUCCAGGCCUACAAACUACGUGUGACACAUCUGUAUCAGCUGAAGCAGCACAAUAUUCUGGCAUCAGUUGGUGAGGAUGAAGAGGGUAUUAACCCCCUGGUAAAGAUCUGGAACCUAGAAAAGAGAGAUGGUGGCAAUCCACUCUGCACCCGGAUCUUCCCUGCCAUCCCAGGGACAGAGCCAACUGUUGUGUCUUGUUUGACGGUUCAUGAAAAUCUCAACUUUAUGGCCAUUGGUUUCACAGAUGGCAGUGUUACUCUGAACAAGGGAGACAUCACCCGGGACCGCCAUAGCAAGACCCAGAUUUUACACAAGGGCAACUAUCCAGUCACUGGACUGGCCUUUCGCCAAGCAGGAAAGACCACUCACUUGUUUGUUGUGACAACUGAAAAUGUUCAGUCCUAUAUCGUUUCUGGAAAGGACUACCCCCGUGUGGAGCUGGACACCCAUGGUUGUGGCCUGCGCUGCUCAGCCCUGAGCGACCCUUCUCAGGACCUGCAGUUCAUUGUUGCCGGAGAUGAGUGUGUUUACCUUUAUCAGCCGGAUGAACGUGGGCCCUGCUUUGCCUUUGAGGGUCAUAAGCUCAUCACCCACUGGUUCAGAGGCUACCUUGUCAUUGUCUCCCGAGACCGGAAGGUUUCUCCCAAGUCAGAGUUUACCAACAGGGACUCACAGAGCUCUGACAAGCAAAUUCUCAACAUCUAUGACCUGUGCAACAAGUUCAUAGCCUACAGCGCUGUUUUUGAGGAUGUAGUGGAUGUGCUCGCUGAGUGGGGCUCCCUGUACGUGCUGACGCGGGAUGGGCGGGUCCACGCAUUGCAGGAGAAGGACACACAGACCAAACUGGAGAUGCUGUUUAAGAAGAAUCUAUUUGAGAUGGCAAUUAACUUGGCUAAGAGUCAACAUCUGGACAGUGAUGGGCUAGCUCAAAUUUUCAUGCAGUAUGGAGACCAUCUCUACAGCAAGGGCAACCAUGAUGGGGCUGUGCAGCAGUAUAUCCGAACCAUUGGAAAGUUGGAGCCAUCUUACGUGAUCCGGAAGUUUCUGGAUGCCCAGCGCAUCCACAACUUGACUGCCUACCUGCAGACCCUGCAUCGGCAAUCUCUGGCUAAUGCUGAUCAUACCACCCUGCUUCUGAACUGCUAUACCAAGCUCAAGGACAGCUCAAAGUUGGAGGAAUUCAUCAAGACAAAGAGUGAGAGUGAGGUCCACUUUGAUGUGGAGACGGCCAUCAAGGUCCUCCGGCAGGCUGGCUACUACUCCCAUGCCCUCUAUCUGGCUGAGAACCAUGCACAUCAUGAGUGGUACUUGAAGAUCCAGCUAGAGGACAUUAAGAACUACCAGGAAGCCCUUCAGUAUAUCGGUAAGCUGCCUUUUGAGCAGGCAGAGAGUAACAUGAAGCGCUAUGGCAAGAUCCUCAUGCACCACAUACCGGAGCAGACGACCCAGUUGCUGAAAGGACUUUGUACUGACUACCGGCCCAGUCCAGAAGGCCGAGGUGAUCGGGAGGCUCCAGGCUUCCGGGCCAACUCCGAGGAGUUCAUCCCCAUCUUUGCAAACAACCCGAGAGAGCUGAAAGCUUUCCUGGAGCACAUGAGCGAAGUGCAGCCGGACUCGCCCCAGGGCAUCUACGACACGCUCCUGGAGCUGAGGCUGCAGAACUGGGCCCAUGAGAAGGAGCCACAGGCCAAGGAGAAACUUCACGCAGAGGCCAUCUCCUUGCUGAAGAGUGGCCGAUUCUGUGAUGUGUUUGACAAGGCACUGGUCCUGUGCCAAAUGCAUGACUUCCAGGAUGGGGUCCUUUACCUCUACGAGCAGGGGAAGCUGUUCCAGCAGAUCAUGCAUUACCACAUGCAGCAUGGGCAGUACCGACAGGUAAUUGCCGUGUGCGAGCGCCAUGGGGAGCAGGACCCCUCCCUGUGGGAACAGGCCCUCAGCUACUUCGCCCGCAAGGAGGAAGACUGCAAGGAGUAUGUGGCAGCUGUACUCAAGCAUAUCGAGAACAAGAACCUCAUGCCACCUCUUCUAGUGGUACAGACCCUGGCCCACAACUCCACAGCUACCCUGUCCAUCAUCCGAGACUACCUGGUCCAAAAACUGCAGAAACAGAGCCAGCAGAUUGCACAGGAUGAGCUUCGGGUGAGGCGGUACAGGGAGGAGACCACUCGUAUCCGUCAGGAAAUCCAAGAGCUCAAGUCAAGUCCGAAGAUUUUCCAGAAGACCAAGUGCAGCAUCUGUAACAGCGCCUUGGAGCUGCCCUCAGUCCACUUCCUGUGUGGCCACUCCUUCCACCAGCACUGCUUUGAGAGUUACUCGGAGAGCGAUGCUGACUGCCCUACCUGCCUCCCUGAGAACCGCAAGGUGAUGGACAUGAUCCGGGCCCAGGAGCAGAAACGAGACCUUCAUGAUCAGUUCCAGCACCAGCUCAAAUGCUCCAACGACAGCUUUUCUGUGAUUGCCGACUACUUUGGCCGAGGGGUUUUCAACAAGUUGACUCUCCUGACCGACCCUCCUACAGCCAGACUGACCCCCAGCCUGGAGGCUGGGCUGCAGCGGGACCUGCUGAUGCACUCCAGGAGGGGAACUUAAUUAAGCAGCUCCUGGGAAGGCCUGGAUCUCUUGGGCCCCUAAAGCACAGACAUGACCACAGUUCAGACUCAAGACAGGAUCUGCUUUCCCUUCCUCUCAUCUUGCCAGCCUGCUGUCCUCCUGCUGACCAGCAGUCUAGAUUAUUCCACACCAGUGAAGAAGGGCACCUCAGCAACCUCUCUGUGGACAAUAGCUGCUUUCUUCUCUAGUCAAGGGCACCAGGCUGUGCUUGGGUCCUUGUUCUCAGAGCCUAUAAAUAAAAGAGUAUAAUGA